CGCAUUAACUUUGAACAAUAGAACUGACAUCAAACUAGACCUUAAUUGUUGAAAGACUUUUCAACAUGGCGCUGUUUGUUGACAGACAGAGACUGAUAGAAAGAGAACGUAUAAAAAAUGAUUGCGCUUUUUCUGCCAUUUUGUGCAUGACUAUCGUUUUCUCGGUCGGAUUCAUUGCUUCUUCAGUAUAUUUGUACCUUGAAAAUGCCGCUAUGGAAUACCAACAUAAGGAACUGCAAGACCAGAUUGAAGAGUUACGAAGGCAACUGAACUUUUCUCAGGGGACACAAUUCGACACAUCCGAUGACACAUUAGUCGAGCGAGAAGUAAACGAACUCUUGAAACAACUUUCAACAAAUCUUUCGUUUUUGAUGGUCAACCUCGAUGAUUACGAUGUUGCCAACGAAGCUCCUAGUCACACAGGUGAAGUUGACAACAAUAAACAAAUCCGGGAAACAGAAAAUCGUGCAAUUGACGAAAGAGCCGUCAAUUUUUUCGAUUUAAUUUUAACCCAACAGCGCCAGGUUUUUGAAAAAUACUGUCACAAUCCGAAUGACACGUGCCCCGUAUACCCAGGUCCGGAAGGCGAAAAGGGAUCUACAGGGGACAAAGGUCCCACAGGAAGUACCGGCGUUCAGGGGCAAAAGGGAACCACAGGCCUCCGAGGCGAUCCUGGAGUGCAAGGCCUCAGGGGAGCGCAAGGUGACACGGGACCUCCGGGACUUAUCGGAAGCAACGGUACACAGGGAACGGCGGGUGACAAAGGGCCAGACGGAAGUGUCGGAGCAAACGGGUUAGGCGGUAGCGAUGGGAUUAAAGGGAUGCAGGGAGACCAAGGUAUCCGAGGUGAAAUAGGUUCAAACGGAACUUCCGGUAUCCCGGGUGACCCCCUACAGGCGAUCAAUGGAACCAAAGGUGACCCAGGGGAUAACGGCACUAAAGGGGCCACAGGGGACCAGGGUCUUCCGGGUCCCACCGGACAGAGUGUCAAUAACCUUGGGAACGGCUGCGAAUGCUUCAAGAAGCCAAGUUUUCUUGACAAGGUCACAAAUGUAGUUCGAGUGGCACCCGGCGGGAACGCCAACUUCUCCUGCAUCGCCGACGGUAAUCCGACACCGAUGGUGACCUUGACCAAGGUUGCUCCGGGGUCAGGAAAAAGGUCAACGUAUCAGCCGAAUGGUCAGACAGGUUUCUACGCCAUAACAAACGCCGGCAGCAGUGAUUUCGGCGAUUACAUGUGCACGGCGACCAACGUGUAUGGGUCCGCUUCAAAAUUCUUCUCGGUUACACAAUAAAAAGGAAAACUG